UUUUUCUUCUUUCCGUUUUUAAUGGUCUAACCAUAUAUGACAUUCCAAAAUUGGAUUUGAAAAGUCAAAUCUUCAAAUUUCUGAUUAUUAGGGUUUGUUGGUUGGAGAGAUUAACUGAGCCCUAAGCUCAGCUCAAAGAGAGAGAAAGAGAGAGAGAAACCUCCAACCUAACAAACCCUAAGAUUCGUAUGAGAACAAAUCAAGAAAAUUCUUGGGGCAUUUAAAAAACAUAUUAUUUGGAGCUCUUAGCUUUUGUGAUUGCAAUUAUCAUCCAUAAAGUAGGUUUCUGGGUUCUCAAAAGUUAUAUUGGAGAAGGGAGGUAGUGAAUGAAUUGAUGCUUGUUAAUAAAUGUACUGAGCGUGAUGAUAGUUCUUGUGUAUAGUGGUGAUGGUUGUGUUUUUUCCUAUAAAGAGGUGCAAGAAAAUCAGCUGUGGUUGAUCAGCCGACAUGCCGAGUAAUUAUCUUUUCAGAUUAAGCCGCGCAGCUAGGCAGGGACUCCAGAAAUCUAUUUCUGGGCAAGAAAGUGGGCUCCAGGACUCAGUAGAGAUUUUGGUUGGCCAAGGGAGAUUGUUGUUGGGCAAUUCAAAGAGCUUCUAUUCCAUACCAUUUGCAAGAUCAGGUGACCUAAAUGUGUUUGUUCGGCCUGGAACUUUAGCUGCCACACAGGCGAAUUUGCAUAUGGUCAACCAGAAAAAGAAUCUUUCUGCAGUUGGAUCUAUUUCUCGUGCAAUUUCUAUUCCAUCUGUAUCAGGGCCUGCAUUUCAGGUCUGUGGCUAUCACAUUGAUCGCAUGAUAUCUGAGCCUACUCACGGUUUGUUGGACGCUAACUAUCACAAAGCACCUAUGGAGAUCUAUGGUUCAAGAACUUCUCUGCCUGGCUGUUCCUCUAGUAAAAUGGCUUCAAGGCAUCUCAAUCCUGUUUUGGCUGUAAAUAGUCCAGUUACUUCUUAUAGCAAUAGAAGCUUUAAUUGUAGAAAAGCCAGCAUGAGUUUGAGAAAUAAAAAUCAGCCCAACAACUNU